CUGACAGCUAGGCAGAGCUACUGAGGAGCCCAUCCCCCUGCUCCACCCUCCACCUGCUUCUCUAGCUGUCCGUCCUACCGGGAAAAGGUCUCGGUGGGUUUCCUCUUUGAGCAUCGGACCCUCUGCCAUUCCAGCCUCUCAUGCCGAGGCCCGUCCUGUCAGUCACUGCUUUUUGUCAUCGGCUUGGCAAACGGGAGAGCAAACGAAGCUUCAUGGGAAACAGCAGCAACAGUUGGUCUCAUGCAUCGUUCCCCAAACUGGAACUGGGCCUGGGACACCGUCCCUCCCCAACCCGGGAGCCGCCUACCUGCUCCAUCUGUCUGGAAAGGCUUCGAGAGCCCAUCUCCCUGGACUGCGGCCAUGACUUCUGCAUCCGAUGCUUCAGCACACAUCGCAUCCCAGGCUGCGAGCUACCGUGCUGUCCUGAAUGCCGGAAAAUCUGUAAGCAAAAGAAGGGCCUCCGCAGUCUGGGGGAGAGGAUGAAGCUCCUUCCACAGCGGCCACUGCCCCCUGCACUGCAGGACACCUGUGCUGUGAGAGCAGAGCGGCUGCUGUUGGUUCGGAUCAAUGCCUCUGGAGGCCUCAUUCUCAGGAUGGGCGCCAUAAACCGCUGUCUGAAGCAUCCACUGGCCAGGGACACGCCUGUCUGCUUACUUGCUGUCCUGGGAGAGCAGCACUCAGGAAAGGCCUUCCUGUUGGACCACUUGCUCAGAGGCUUACCAGGCCUGGAAUCUGGUGACAAUGGCAGGCCCAGAGCAGAGGGGUCUCUGCCUGGGAUCAGAUGGGGUGCUAAUGGCCUCACAAGGGGCAUCUGGAUGUGGAGUCACCCUUUCCUGCUGGGAAAAGAGGGGAAGAAGGUGGCUGUUUUCUUAGUGGACACGGGAGAUGUCAUGAGCCCAGAGCUGAGCAAGGAGACACGGGUCAAGCUCUGUGCUCUCACCACGAUGCUCAGUUCCUACCAGAUCCUGAACACCGCCCAAGAGCUGCAGGACACAGAUCUGGGCUAUCUAGAGAUGUUCGUUCACGUGGCUGAGGUGAUGGGCAAACAUUAUGGGAUGGUACCGAUCCAGCAUCUGGAUCUCUUAGUCCGAGACUCUUCCCAUCACAAUAAGUCAGGGCAGGGGCACGUGGGUGACAUACUCCAGAAGCUGUCCGGAAAAUACCCCAAGGUCCAGGAACUGCUCCUAGGGAAACGGGCCCGUUGUUACCUCCUUCCAGCUCCUGAGAGGCAGUGGGUAAACAAAGGCCACGGAAGCCCGGGAGGAAACACAGAAGAUGACUUCUCCCACCAUUUCCGGGCCUACAUCUUGGAUGUGCUGAGCACAGCCCCUCAGCAUGCUAAGAGCCGCUGCCAAGGGUACUGGAGCGAGGGGCGAGCCGUGGCCAGGGGAGACAGGCGCCUGCUCACAGGGCAGCAGCUAGCACAGGAGAUCAAGAACCUCUCUGGAUGGAUGGGGAAGACUGGGCCCAGUUUCAGCUCUCCAGAUGAGAUGGCUGCUCAACUUCAUGAUCUGAGGAAAGUAGAAGCUGCCAAGAAGGAGUUCGAGGAGUAUGUGAGACAGCAGGACAUAGCCACCAAGCGCAUUUUCUCUGCACUACGAGUCCUGCCUGACACUAUGAGGAACCUCCUCUCUACCCAGAAGGAUGCCAUCUUGGCCCGCCAUGGUGUGGCCCUGUUGUGCAAGGAGAGAGAGCAGACCUUGGAGGCCCUGGAAGCUGAGCUGCAGGCAGAAGCCAAGGCCUUCAUGGACUCCUACACAAUGCGCUUCUGUGGCCACCUGGCCGCGGUAGGGGGCGCUGUCGGCGCUGGGCUCAUGGGCCUGGCGGGGGGUGUGGUGGGUGCAGGCAUGGCGGCUGCCGCAUUGGCUGCGGAAGCUGGGAUGGUGGCGGCUGGGGCCGCAGUAGGGGCCACUGGGGCUGCUGUAGUUGGAGGCGGUGUGGGUGCUGGGCUGGCCGCUACUGUGGGCUGCAUGGAGAAAGAGGAAGACGAGAGAGUUCAAGGCGGGGACCGAGAGCCCCUACUCCAGGAAGAGUAACAGCUAGGAGAUGUUGAAGUGAGAAAUCCGUGAAAGGCAGGAAGAAGCGUGUGGACAUGCCAGGGACUCAGAGGGGGCCACAUAUACACUGGCCUUGUUGAAUGCCCCAUGUCAAACACUGGCUGAGCUGGGGGUUUUAGGUGGGUCCAGAAACCCGAGGAGGCUUUCUGGUCGUGAGGCUGUCCUUGGAGUGCAGCAGAUAGGGUGUAAGGCCUGUUUCUGGCUAUGGAUAAUUGGUACUCACUGGAACCUAAGAUCUCCCACCACAUACAGUGCCACGUCCCCUACCCAGCUCCAGUUUAUUUCCCUGGAGGACCUGGGCUGGACAUUUGCCCCUGGAUCCAGAACUACAUUCGUUUUACAGUUGGGCUAGGUCCCACUUUGGAGCUGGGGGCCCCUAACAGGGAAGAAAAAAGAGGGGCCACAGGGCAGGGGUGGGAGUGAUAGACAGAGCUGUAACUCUGGAGCGGUGACUUGUUCCCAAAACUGCUCCGGAAGGCCAGACUUGGCCGCCUCCCUGCUCUUCAGUUGGGUGUCCAGAUGUGUGUCCUGAACCGCCCUGUGUACCCCAGCCUCCUGCAGUCCUAAGCCUGUGCCCUGUGCCAAGCCCAUUUGGAUGGAUCAACACAGAUUACAUGCCAAAGAACCACACCUCCGAUUGCAUUCUGUGCUAAAGCAGUCCGUGCCAGCUUCUGCCAAAGUGUGGUAGGGAAAGUGCAGGAAAUGAGCUCCCGGCUUUAAACACGGCCUUUCGCUUGAGCUGUGGGGCCUCUGUGCCACACUAAGACCCCCUUGAUGCAGCCCUCUGAACAACAAGCCCCCAGAGAGCUUGUGGAUAGGGAGCCUCUCUCUCGGGGAAUGGAGAUUUCUCAAGAGA